AUGGCUUUUAAGAUUUUUGAGUUCACCUCCUUCAUCUUUCUCAUUUUCAUACUACUUGCUCCAAUUGGCCAUGCCAAAAGGAGCAACCCAAGUGACAAAACCUCCUCCCCUUUUGAUUUCAUCAAUAAAUUAAAAGGUUGUCACAAGGGAAACAACACAAAAGAGAUCCACAAGCUGAAAGCCUAUCUCGAGAAAUUCGGUUAUCUCAAAUAUGAAAGCAAAACUCAUGCCACUGAUGAUGAUUUCGAUGAUAUCCUAGAAUCAGCCAUCAAAACCUACCAGAAAAAUCACCACAUCAAACCCUCGGGAAUCGUAGAUGAUGAAACGAUUUCAAAAAUGCAAGCCCCACGAUGUGGGGUACCUGAUAUAGUUAAUGGCACUAACUACAUGCAUCCGCGCAACAUGAACCACGAGCCGGGAUCAAGCAACAUCCACACAAUAUCUCACUUCAGUUUCAUUGAAGGAAACCCUAGAUGGCCAUCUUCCAAAACACAUCUCACUUAUAGAUUCUUGCCCAACUUCCCUCCAAAUGCCAUGGAGCCCGUGGCACGUGCCUUCCAAAAAUGGGAUUCUUCCACACAUUUCACCUUCGCACGUGCCCAAACCAAUCAAAAUGCAGAUCUGGUCAUAGGGUUCCACAACGGUGAUCAUGGAGACGGGUCCCCUUUUGAUGGCCGCGGUGGAACCCUAGCUCAUGCAUUUCCACCAACUAAUGGAAGGUUUCAUUAUGAUGCUGACGAGAGGUGGUCCAUUGGAGCAGUUGAAGGUGCAUUCGACUUGGAAAGCGUUGCGCUUCAUGAGAUCGGUCACCUUCUAGGGCUCGGACAUAGCUCAGUUAAUGCAGCAAUCAUGUAUUCAGGGAUCGGAGCUGGACUAACGAAGGGUUUACAUGCAGAUGAUAUUGCAGGAAUAAGAGCUUUGUACAAUCGUUGA